CUAAAUAUUUCAUGUAAUUGUUGAAUUUAAAUUAAAAAAAAUAUUAACACAGAACGUAUCUAUACAUGAUUAAUUCGAAGGCGCGCCCCGCCUGCCGCAACGAUUAAAAUAAAAAUGCAGGGCUGACACCGAGCCCCAGGAAGAAACCUUGAUAUUUGUCUUAGCAUCUAAUCGAACCAAAUACGCAUCAAGCAGGCGACAGAGGUCCGGCCGCAUCGCAUUCAGAACUUGCAUUUAGAGGCCAUGAUGAGACUGGAGAGUCAAGAAAUAAAGGAAAUUAUGUGGAGAUAUUGCAGCUACUAGCUAUGGAGGAACCUGCCAUUAAGGAUCACUUAGAAAGCAGUUCGGUUUUUAGAGGGACAUCGAGUGACAUCCAGAAUGAUCUUGUUGAAUCUAUCACAUGUGUAGUUCAGGAAAUAAUUUUAGAAGAAUUAAAAAACACCGAAUUUGUUUCUGUUCAAGCUGACGAAACUACAGACAUUUCGUGUUGUGCGCAAUUUAGUGUUAUUUUGAGGUAUGUCUGUAAAAAUGAGAUAGUAGAAAGAUUUCUUGGAUUUUAUGAUGUAUCUGGUGAUAAGACGGCCGUAGGUCUUAGUAAUAAAAUAUUGGAAGUGUUAAAAUUAUGCCAAGUCGAAAAAAAACUUGUAUCUCAAACUUAUGACGGGGCUAGUGUAAAAAUUAUGAAAUUCAUAGAAGAUUCUGAUAAAUUCGAUCCAGAAAAUACUAAUUUGGCUAUAGGUUUAAUCAAAAUAUUAAAACAACCUAAACUUGUUCUUAUGUUAUGUCUUUUUUAUAAAAUUUGUUUCAAAGAAGUAGAACAAACAAUUAAAAAUAUAUCUGACUUAUGUAAAGAUGAAACUAUUGCUUCUUGUGUAGACCAAUGUGACGAAUUUUUAGGUGACGCGAUUUCUGAGAAUAUUAAGAUGAAUUUUAAGACAGUUGCAUUUGAGGUAAUUGAUACAAUUAUUGUUCAAUUGCAGGAACGAUUUAGCGAUAUUCACAAAUUAUCAUUUAUAAAUCUUUUUGAUAGGGAAAAAUAUCCCGAUUAUUUAAAACAAUCCCCAAAAUACCUUUACCAAAAAUUGGAUAGUACCUAUCCAAAAAUUUUUAAUUUAUUAAAAUUAGAAAAUGAACUAUCAGUUAUAUAUGCUUGUGAUAUUAAACAACAUUUAGAACCAUUACAAUUAUUUAAUUAUAUUUAUGAUAAUGAUUUAAAUGAUGUUUUUUCUAAAAGUAUAAAAUUAUUGAGGCUAAUUUUUACUGUACCAGUGACCAGUGCCUCCUCAGAAAGAUCUAUGAGUACCUUAAAACGAAUAAAAACAUAUUUGAGAAACUCGAUGAAGAACGAAUGGUUGCCAGCGUUAUCCACGCUAUCUAUAGAAAAAGAUAUCGUUGGAGAUUACAAUCGACACCCACAAUUUAAAGAAAAAAUCAUUGAUAAUUUUGCUAUGAGCAAAUCGCGUCGUAUUGAACUUCUUUAUAAAGCAAUAUGAAUAUUUAUGUAAAGUAUAUACAUGUAAUAUUUAUAAUAUAUGUUGUGUUUUUUUGUAA